AUGAAACCAGUCCUCCUUGUGCUACUCAGUUUCAUUUGUCUUGCUUUUGCCACUCAGCCCUCUCCGUGCGUCAAGAUCCACAUGAUCGUUGCCCGACAGAGUAGCGCCUGGCCAGGGGAAGGUCGUUUGAAAGAGCUAGCUGAUUAUAUCAAACAAAAACUCCCAGGUUCUGACUCUGAAGCGCUCCAGUAUCCGGCAUAUGGCGAUAUCUGGCGAUAUCGUUCGUCGGUGUUCGCUGGGGACAAGGCUAUGGUCACUGCUAUCACUAACUAUACGUCACAUUGUCCGGAUUCAAAGAUUGGUGCUCAUAUCAUCGGUGACAUUCUUUGCGGCUCCAUAUUCGAGAGGGAUUUUCAACCUAUCCCUCCAAUUGACGAUCACCUGGGUGCAAGGAUUAUCGCAGCGGUUUCAAUGGGGGAUCCUACAUUUGUCCCAAGUCUUCCGUAUGACUUUGGCACAAGCAAGAACACCGGGAAGUUCCCGCGCGUGAACAACACAGUGUGCACCAAAUACGACUUCAUUCGGCGGUCGUAUUGCGAUGAGGGCGACAUAUACUGCGCGUCGGGGUUUUGGUUCGGGGUUCAUAGAAGAUAUGUGGUGAAAUACAAGGACGACGCGACACGUUUUGUGCUUGCGAGAGUUGAUGCAACAAUGUGA